AUGCGCUCGAAAAUAUUUGAUGAUGCCGAGCUCGAACGACUACGACGUGAGGCCAUUCCCUCAUCGAAUGAAUUGGCUACGGCUGGGGAUGCGGCUCCUCAGGCGACAGACCAGCUGCCACGCGUAGAAGCUGCCAUGGAUCUUCCAGUUGUGGUUGAUUCCGACGAUGAUGAAAUGGUCUCCCACGAACUAGAGCAAAUGAGGAGUAUACUGGAAGAGGCGAUUUUGGAAACGCGCACCAUGCCUCUCGAAAAUCGACCGCGACUUCCUCGCAUACCCCUAAGCAAGCGAAAUCGGGCUGUCGUGAGGGCUCUUAACCCUAUGCUGGUAACCUAUUUGGAAGCCAGCCGGGACCUUUGCGAGACGGACUCAGUUCUUUUUGGCGCCGCAGUGGCAGCUUGCCGUAUUAUUGGCGCCAAACUUCCCCUGGCUGGACGCGCUACUAAACAAAGUAGCGCCAUCCCAGCCUGGAGAAAAAGAAUUGAGGACCGUAUCGCAAAGGCAAGGGCCCUUAUCGGCAGACUGAUAAGCUUCAGGUCGGGUAAUAAUAGACCGAGGGUUGUGCGCUCCGUUAGAAUGGCGUUUGCUGGGACAAAAAUCAGUUUGUCCCAGCCGGAUAUCACGCAGAAACUAACGGAGCGCAUAGACGACCUGAAGCAAAAGAUUGCUGCUUGGGGGAAGCGGAUUCGCCGAUUUACCGAGAGGUCAAGGCGGUUCAACCAGAAUCGUCUCUUCCAGAGUGAUCAGAAGAGGCUCUACAAAUCAUUGGAGCGACCAGAGGUAUGUGGAGCGGGCCCAGGACCGGAUCAGGCUAACACUGUCGCAUUUUGGCGUGGCCUGUGGUCAGAGCCCGUAAACCACAGCGAGAGCUCUUGGACGGAAGUUGUGGCGAGUCAGUGUGCGAGUAUUACGCCCAUGGACCCCGUCAUCAUAACGCCGGAUGACGUAGCUGAGGCGGUCCGUAGAGCCCCGAACUGGAAAAGUCCGGGACUCGACGGACUGCAUCACUACUGGCUGAAGGGGUUCAUGGUGUGUCACGCUGUGCUCGCCCGUCAGUUUCAAGAGGCUCUCAACCAGAAGUCGCUCCCUAGCCUCUUCACUACUGGGAUCACUCAUUUGGUUCCUAAAGACCAGUCUUUUCCUUAUAAUAACCAAUUGUGA